AUGGCCGAGAGCGACUGGGACACCGUGACGGUGCUGCGCAAGAAGGGCCCCACUGCGGCCCAGGCCAAGUCCAAGCAGGCCAUCUUAGCAGCUCAGAGACGAGGAGAAGAUGUGGAGACGUCCAAGAAGUGGGCUGCCGGCCAGAAUAAACAGCACUCAAUCACCAAGAACACUGCCAAGUUGGACCGGGAGACGGAGGAGCUGCACCACGACAGGGUGACCCUGGAAGUGGGCAAGGUGAUCCAGCAGGGCCGGCAGAGCAAGGGGCUCACCCAGAAGGACCUGGCCACGAAAAUCAACGAGAAGCCCCAGGUCAUCGCUGACUAUGAGAGUGGACGGGCCAUCCCCAAUAACCAAGUUCUGGGCAAGAUUGAGCGAGCCAUUGGCCUCAAGCUCCGAGGCAAGGACAUCGGCAAGGCCAUCGAGAAGGGGCCGAGGGCAAAAUGAACACAAAGCCUCGAAGUCAGUCGCUUGGCUGACCUCGUCCGGCUGGUACCUGACCACCAGCUCUGGCGCCGGUCUCCUCCUGGCCAGCGGCACGUGGGGGGCAGACCUGCUGAGGCACCCCUCAUCCCAAUCCUGCUGUCAAACAAACUAA